AUGCAUCUGUGGCAGGCCACCGCUUCGUUCUGUCUUCUCGCAGCCACUGCUGUGCCUGGUGUUGCCGCCAGUGCUUGGGGCUUUACUGAUGCCACCGUGGCCGUACAGCCUAAAGGUGCUGGUAUCAAUGGAGGUUUCAAGGACCAACUCACUCCCUCAAAGCCACUCGCCAAUCCCGUCUCGCUCGUUGGUGCCGACACCUUACGUGUCAUUCUGACAGCCCAAGAAGGAAGCUCAGCGAAGCGCCCACACCAGGCAUUCCUCCUAUUGAAGGAUGGCCAGACUGGACUGGACAUCUCUUACCCAUUCAGUGUUAAAGACAAUGGGAAGUCAAGAGUGGAAUUGACCCAGAAAGACCUCCCAAUUCAAUUCCUCUCCCUAUCCAACCCAGUCGAUGCGCGCGUUGUUCUCGGCGGCUUUGGUGACUCUACCGCUUAUGACAGCUCUGUCUUCCAGCUGUCAAUCGAUCGCAACCCUGAAGAGGCCGUGCCGACCGUCGAAACUGAGCGCUAUGGCAAGAAGCCCGUGAUCAACCACAUCUUCAAGGAUUCUGCCUCAAGCCCACCAAUUGUUAUCACAUUGGCCUUCGUGGCUAUGGUGGGAGCUACCAUUCCGGUGCUUGCUGGCCUGUGGCACCUCCUCGGUGCUAAUGUCAGCCACCUCCCCACCGCAUUCGAGUCGGCUCCUCUCUCACACGCUACCUUCCUCGGCUCAUUGAUGGCAUUUGAGGGCCUUCUGUUCCUUUACUACACAUCGUGGAGCCUGUUCGCCUUCCUACCCGCAGCAGGAGUUAUCGGCACGAUCGCAUUCGUCAGCGGUAGCCGUGCGCUGGGUGAGGUUCAGGGUCGACGCCUCGCUGGCCGUCGUUAA